CAGAGAUGUCCGGGACACUAGAGAGCCAGUCUCACGAUGCUCCACAUGAAUCACUUUCAGAGACCGACGGUCCGAUCACUUCAUAUAUGUCUUCGGCUCUUUCUUCUGUAAACGAUCUGAGGACCCAAAUGCAAUCUCUGGCACGAAUUAUCCAAUCCAACGAUGUGCAUAAUGCAAACGCCAUCCCUUCUGACCCUUGUAUCUCACUGGCUCAAGCUAAUUGUCAAGCAAAUCUUCUUGAUGAAGACACUCCACGCAAUCGCAUUUCACCUGUUUGUCUUGAUAAUUCUAUCCCGAAUACCUCCGUUCCGACGUCACCACUACAUGGGAUACUGGGAUUAAAUGAACAUGUUAAAAGACAGGUUGAUGACGUUGUUGCCCUUCUUCUCAGUACUCGCCGUCAGUUAUUUGCAACCCUUCAAGAUGUUCAAGCGACCAUGACAGAGCUUGAGCUGUCAAACAGGGAGUAUUUAGAAUUGGAAUGUGAUUUACUGAGGCAGUCCAGUGUCCCGUCCACCAACCGACCUAUAUUAGAUCAAACUGCUGUGUUUGAAUUACUCGAGCGCCAGACAACGUUGUCCAGCGAAGAAUUAGAACGAAUUAAGAUGGAGUUUGAAAACAAAUUACAGCGGUCUACAGCUGCUGUCGUCACGUUGGAGCAACAGCUGUCCGAAUGCAGAGAUUCUACUUCCAAGCUGGAAUUACAACUGAACGAAUCUCGCGCUGCUGUCGUCACGUUGGAGCAACAGCUGUCCGAAUGCAGAGCUUCGAAACAACAAGUCGAACACGAUUUGGAUUCAUCCAAUGCGUUCGCCGCGAGUUUGGAGCGUGAAUUGGCUACUGUCCGUUCCGAUUGCGACCGUCUGAGGCAGGAGUUGCAACAAUCGAAUGAUCGUCGGACGAAAUUGCACGAAGAGUUGCAGAUCGUGAAGACUUCGAAGCAACAGGUUGAGCACGAUUUGGAUUCAUUCAAUGAGACACUUCAACAAGUUGUCAAUCGUUACAUUCCAUCUAAAGCGUUUCCCUUGGUUCAACAGCCUCUCACCCGGAUCCACCACACUUUGGACACAUUGGUCAAGCUUUGCCCGUGGUUGUUCUCCGUUGUGAUGGACGAAAACACCGCACCAGAUACUGUUCUUCCUAAUCCGGUUUCCUUAAUGCUGAAGCAAAGUAUGAUCGUGGAUAAACUCACUCUGGAACGGAAUGCUGCCGAAGACAAAGCUCAUCGCGCCUGUGAAGAGGUUGCCGAGCAACGGAAAUUCAUCAGUGUUCUUGAGGAGCGAUUGAAGCAAUAUGAGCAGCAAUCGGUGUCGGAUCAAGCUCAAAUACAAAAACAGCUUCAGAAGCUCAGUCGAUAUCGAAAGUUCAUGAGCCAGUUCUUGGACCCGGAUGUGGCCGCUUCCGUGGCUGCUAAUGUGGCCGCUCACUAUAACAACCAGAGCAAGGGCUCACAUGUCGACGAGGCGUUUGAGUCCAACGCAUCUACAGCCGGCGAUCGGAGUAUGCCUGUCUCGACGUCUUUCAGUGUUGAACAUAACCAACCGUCUCAGACUAUGGCUAUAACUCCGGAACCUGUGCGUCAAGUUGCCGUAAAUUCCGCCUCUUCCGAUACGCGGGCAUUGAUAUCGCCUGGCGCAGUCCUCUCUCGUGUUGGAUCCGCCGUCACAGCAAUCGCAGCAGCGAUCACUUCCCCCCGCAGAUUAUCAGCCGCUUCAUAUGUGUCGGCGACCACUUCAUCUUCUGCAAAUGACGCAAAGGCACCUCUUCUUCCAACUGCUUCUGACAGUUUGACCAAAAAGGGCACAAGGAAUAUCAGCCACGUCGGUGAUAAUUUGAUGGACGUUCCGAAGGACAUUCCCGCCCACGUUUGUCCCCCGUUCGUGCAACCAUCUUUGAAACGAAAGCCGCUUAGUGAGUUGCCUUUACCUAUAAUCGAGGAUACCGUGCGCGAAUCGAAAGUCGUAGCUUCACAGAGUUCGGAAUGGAAACCUACUGCAAAGUUUCCCACGUUACCUGGACCGUGUCAGAAAGCCGUUGGGAAACAAACCGAUAUGGAGGUUGCGUCGUUUCUUCACCUUGAUCCUCUGGCGGAAUCCACUUCCGGUCCAUUCCGAGCUCCACAUGAGCCAGCCAAACGCCCUCGGUGUGAACAACCUACCCCAGUUACUAAAAUGGAAACAAUCCCUCCGACGUAUGCAGCGAAGGAACUAUUCGCAAAACCCUCCACCCAAUCCACCCAAUUUCGUCCUGCAACUUCCCGUGUACAGCAAAAACAUCCGCAGACGGACACGGAUGAAUGUACAGUGUCUUGA